UGUGACUUGCCUGAUUCUCACCACAGUGACUUGGGACUUGCUUGAGACUUGAAGGUUAUGACUUUAGACUUGCUUGUGACUUGCACAUUAAUGACUUACCCCAACCUCUGCCAGGAUCAAACCCCCUGACACCUCUGAGAGAGAAAGCCAAAAGGAACACGGAGAGAAACACACAGUUGAAUACAGGAGCAAGAACAGUGGAAGCAGAGAUGAGUGCACAAAAGCUACAGGACACCUACAACCAGCAGGGUUACGUCUCAGGGCUGCCUGUUUUGAGCCCUGCGGAGCUGUCGGACGCCAGGCAGGCAUUCUCUGCCCUGGAGGAGGAGUUUGGUAAGGAGUACACCCAGUACAGCCUGCACAAUGUCCACCUGCAGUACCAAUGGGUGAUGGCUCUGGCCAAGAACCCCCGGCUGCUGGAGGCCAUCAAGUCCGUCGUGGGCCCCGAUGUCCUACUGCUUGACUCCCGCUUCAUCUGUAAAUACCCGACAUCCGGCGCUGGUGCUGCUACGACGGAUCAGGCUGAUGGGACCGUCCCAGAACACCAGCUCCCCUAUGUGGCCUGGCAUCAGGACAUGAGGUAUUGGGGCAUCGAUGGAGGGCCGGUGCUCUCUGUGUGGCUGGCCCUGGACGACUCGCUGGAGGAUAACGGAGCGUUGAAGGUUAUACCAGGGACUCACCGCAGCGGCAUGCUACCACAUGAGCUAGCUAAGCGCCAUGGCAACAUGCUGUCGGUCAACCAGGAGAUCCCUGAGCACCUGGUGGACAGCGGGAAGGCUGUCCUCUGUCCCCUGUUGGCCGGACAGAUGUCUAUCCAUGAUGGAUUCCUGGUUCACGCCAGUGACCCCAACAUGUCCCAGAGGAGGCGCUGUGGUCUGGUGAUCCGUUACGUCCCACCCUUUGCCUACCCCAUCCAUGACCUUGACCGACCCAGGAAGUUCAAUGCAGUGGUGUUGGCCAGUGGAACAGACCAGUUCAAUCAUUUCUCCAGCUGAAACCUUUUGCUUUUCUACCUUUAACUGAAUAUUUACAAACAUUAAAAGUCAUACACUGUUAUGGUAUGACGUUUAGGUCUAUGAAACGACCACCUUAUAUUGUAUUUGCUCUGAUGCGCAUGCCCUGUGAACAAUGAUUUGAUUUAUCUUAACCUAUGUGAUUUGUUCAUCUACAUUUAUUUAUCUACUAUAUCUGUAUUUAUAUUAGUGUCAAAUAAAAAGAAAGUCAUACCCAG